AUGCAUCUCAAAUACGCUGCUGCACUGGUCUCAGUGCUUCCCGUCGCUCUCGCCCAGACGUUCACUGACUGCAACCCUCUGGAGAAGACCUGCGAUCCAAACCCUGGCCUGAACAGCAAGUCUUUCUCUUCCGACUUCACGCAGGGCGAAUCUGCCUUGAAUGGUUGGAUCAAAGCUGCUGGCGAUGUCAGUUUCGGCCCUGAUGGUGCCGAGUUCACUGUCGCAAAGAAGGGCGAUGCGCCUACCAUCGAUACCGAUUUCUACUUUUUCUUUGGCAAGGCUGAGGUGGUGAUGAAGGCCGCACCCGGUGUUGGUAUCGUUAGCAGCAUUGUCCUCGAGUCAGAUGUUCUCGAUGAAGUCGACUGGGAGACUCUUGGAGGCGACACCACCCAGGUUCAGACCAACUAUUUCGGCAAGGGCGAUACCACCACUUACGAUCGUGGCACCUUUGAGGCUAUCGCUACUCCCCAGGAGAUCUUCCACACCUACACUGUCACUUGGUCGCCCGAUGCGAUCUCCUGGAUCAUUGACGGUACUACCGUUAGGACCCUGAACUAUGCCGACGCCCAGGGGGGAAGCCGCUUCCCCCAAACCCCUGCCCGCCUGAGACUCGGCAUCUGGGCUGGUGGUGAUUCUGACAACGCUCCCGGCACCAUUGAAUGGGCUGGUGGUCAGACUGACUACAACGCCGGUCCCUUCACCAUGUACGUCAAGUCCGUUUCUAUCGAGAACACCUACCCCGGCAGCGAGUACACCUAUACCGACAACUCGGGUGACUGGCAGAGCAUCGAUAUCGACAACUCCAAGCCUCCUGCUGUGUCGACCACCAAGACGACCAGCACUACCAGCACCACCGUGGCCACCUCGUCCACCGACAAGCCCCAGACGGAGACGGGUACCUCCUCUACCACCGAGACGACCACGACCACCACCACCACCACCGACUCCGAAACCUCAACUGAGACCGACACCCCGGCCUCGACCACAACCUCGACCACCACCAGCUCCGAGUCCGAGCCUGCCUCUCCCACCGCAACUGAAACCGGCUCUGGUUCUGGUUCUGGCUCCGACUCCGGUGCUGGUGCUGGUGCUGGAUCUGAUUCUGGCUCUGACUCCGGCUCUGGAUCCUCCACCCCUUCAGCCUCCGGAAGCGCAACUCCCACUUCCGGCGGAGGCACGGAGGAUCCCCAGUUCACGGGCGCUGCCUCAUCCAUGACCCGCUCUGCUGGCGGACUCUUCACAGUCCUCGGCAUGAUGGCCGCCAUGCUUCAGCUGUAA